CUUCGGGGAAGGGAGGCUUCGCUGAACCGACCGGUGCGUGCCGCGUUCUUCUUACACACUGAAACAAUUGACGCUUUUCCUUGGGAAUCAUGAACACCCGGCAGCAAAGCAAAGUUAUCUACUCCUGGUAUGGAAAACCCCUGAGCUCAGACAGAAAACUGAGGACUUCCCGGUACAAGGGAAUCCUUAUCACAUCAGAAAGAAGCAGAACAGAAACCUGUAUACAACUUGGCAACUUUAUUUUAGUAGAAGGGGAGAAUGCAGAUCAGCCUUUUGUGGCACAACUCCUGGAUUUAUAUGAAGAUGGUGGUCAGCAGAAACAUGCAGUUGUGCAGUGGUUCUCUCAUAUUACAGAGAUACCUCCGAAUAAACGUAAACUACUUAAAAGAGAGGUUUCUCCCCAAGAGGUGUUUUUUGAUCAAGUUCCUGGCUAUGACACUGAUAUAGCUGUGGAGACCAUUAUUAAAAGUGUCAUGGUAAUACCACUACAUCUAGGGGAGGAACUACCUAUUACAUUAAACAAGGAACAAAGUUUUUAUGUAAAACAGUCUUGGGAUGGGAAAUGCUUUAAGGCUUUGUCCCCUGAUGCAUUCUCGAAGCUGAAAGAAGCUAACAAGAAAGGAGGUGGCAUCUCAAACUCUUCAAACUCAUUUAUUCCUUUGGACAUCAUUUCCCCCCUGAAAAAAGAGAGAGAAAGUGUUGUUCGGAGUGCCACAAAACCAAAAAAUGUAGAGUUGGAAAUAGAAUCAAAACAUUCUGCUUCCAAGUCCUCCCUUGCUAAGGAGAGACAUUCGCAAAGAGUGGCUAAUGGCAUGAGAACUCCAACAGCAAGGAAGAAGUUACAGUUAAACAGUCCCACAAGAUCUUCUAAAGGCAGGCUCCUGGGAUGUGAAGUUUUGGAACUUUUGGAUGAUGACUGUGAUGCUAUAGUACCAUUAGAACCAUCAGCUACUAAAAGAAAAGUGAAAUUCACUGGCAUUUUAGGCUCACCACCAAAAAUGCCUUGUGCCAGUGAUAAGUCAAAGUUUGAUACUGCAGAGCACUGGCAGACAUUUAGUGAUCCAAUACGAUUAUCCCCCUAUAGUAAGGUCAAAGACUCCAGUGAGAAAGACAAGAAUCUUAAUAGGGAAUAUGACAUUAUAUGUUCAAUUGGACAUCAGGAACUGGGUAGUCAGAGCCCUGUAUCGACCCCUCGUUCUCGUAGAAUAUGUGCACAGAAAACAAGCGCUCUCAUUGCAGAGCAAGUCAGCAUAUUAAAUACACUGGAGUUGAACCAGGAAGAGGAUUUUCUAUCUAGCUCAGACAGCUCUUACUCUUCAAGUAGUGAAGAAGAGGACAAUGAUGUGCUCUGUACACCAGAAAAGAAAACUAAAUCAAGCAGAAUGCUCAGCACCCCAAAAUCUUCAAGGAAGUCUUCAGUUCACACUCCUAAGACCCUGAAGAAAACUCCUUUACCAGGAACACCCAAGACACCCCGGAAUGCAACUCCUGAAAUUCCUAGGCGCAACCAUGAAGCACAGAAACCAGCCAGUAUACUAGAAGAAGCCAGAUUAAGGCUGCAUGUUUCUGCUAUCCCAGAAUGUCUGCCUUGUCGUGAGGAAGAAUUCCAGGAUAUCUAUAACUUUGUGGAAAGCAAACUUAUUGAUGGUACAGGAGGGUGCAUGUACAUUUCUGGAGUGCCUGGGACAGGUAAAACUGCAACUGUUCAUGAGGUAAUUCGCUGUCUUCAGCAAGCUGCAGAAAAUGAUGACCUGCCAUCAUUCCAGUUUGUAGAGAUUAAUGGCAUGAAGUUGACUGACCCUCACCAAGCUUACGUGCAGAUGCUAGAGUGUUUAAUCCUUGUCCAGUUACUGACAGGUCAGAAGGUGACAGCAACCCAUGCUGCAGUACUCUUGGCAAAACUGUUCAAUACAUCUGGACCAAAGAGGAAGACUACAGUGCUGGUAGUGGAUGAGCUUGAUCUUCUGUGGACCCGGAAGCAGAAUGUGAUGUACAAUUUAUUUGACUGGCCAACUCAGAAGCACUCCAAGUUAAUCAUCUUGGCCAUUGCUAACACCAUGGACUUGCCAGAGAGAAUAAUGAUGAACAGAGUAGCUAGCAGGCUGGGUCUUACCAGAAUGUCCUUUCAGCCCUACACCUACAAACAGUUACAGCAAAUUAUUUCAUCCAGACUGAACAGCAUGAAGGCAUUUGAAGAGGAUGCAAUUCAGCUGGUUUCUAGAAAGGUCGCAGCACUGUCUGGUGAUGCAAGGCGUUGCCUUGAUAUCUGCAGAAGGGCCACUGAGAUCUGUGAGUUUGCUAGCCACAAGAGAACCCCUGAAAUAGUCAGGAUGGCCCAUGUAACAGAAGCCAUAGAUGAAAUGUUUUCAUCACCAUAUAUAAAUGCAAUCAGGAAUGCCUCAUUGCAUGAACAGAUCUUUUUGAAAGCAAUUUUGGCAGAGUUUCGCAGGACAGGAGUUGAGGAGGCAACAGUUCAACAAGUCUAUCAUCAACACAUAGCGUUGUGUAGAAUUGAAGGCAUGCAGAGCCCUACACUAUCAGAAAUUAUGGCAAUUUGUUCAAGACUUGGUGCCUGCAGGCUCUUGCUGGUGGAGUCCAGUAAUAAGUAUCUUCACAUGCGGGUGCGACUAAAUAUCAGCCAGGACGAUGUCAUGUAUGCACUCAAGGAAGAGUAAGGCAAUAGAGAUUUUUUAAAGUACAUAUAAAUAUUUUAAAUAUUGUCUAUUUUUAUUUUUUAAAUUGUUGAUAAAAUGGAAAUAGUGAGAUGUAUUUUUUCUAA